AUGGGCUGCCUAGAAGCCGAAGAAGGUGGAAGGACCCUGAGAGUGGACUUGGAAGAUGAGGAAUCAGUGACCUUCAAGGAUAUGGCUGUAAACUUCACCCAAGAAGAGUGGGUCCUGCUGGACACAUCCCAGAGAAAGCUAUACAUAGAUAUAAUGCUGGAGAACAUCAGCCACCUGGUCUCUGUGGGCAUUACAAAUCCCCUUCAAAAACAAGAAAUGAUUUUAAUGCAACAGAUCAGCAAGAAGGACAUUUCCUUCAUCAAGCCAAUGAUAUCUCAAACUCCAGAGGAUCCUAGUGAAUAUAUUGAUUUAAGUGAUGAAUUUACUCAUAGAUAUGCACUGACUCAGCAUUUGUUAAUUCACAUAGAAAAGAAACCUCAUAUCAGCCAACACUAUGGAGAAUCACUUAGUGAAGACUCAUUCCUUGGUGGACAGAAUCAAAUGCACACUAGAGGUAAAUUAUGUGAAUGUCAUCUAUGUGAGAAAGCCUUCGAUAAUUGCUAUAGCCUUAGACGGCACGAGAUGACUCACACUGAAGAGAAACCAUUUAAAUGUCAUGUAUGUGGGAAGGGCUUUCUGCAAAGCUUUGACCUUAGAAACCACAAUCGAAUCCACACUGGAGAGAAACUUUAUGAAUGUCAUCUGUGUGGGAAGGUCUUCAGUCGAAGUUCUUACCUUAGACAACAUGAGAAAACUCACACAGGAGAGAAACUGUAUCAAUAGAAACAUUAUGAAUGUCAUCAAUGUGGGAAAGCCUUUAGUCAAAGCUCUGGCCUUAGCCAACACAAGAAGAUCCACAUGGGACAGAAACCACAUGUAUGUCUUAUAUGUGGGAAAGCUUUCAGUCAAACUUCUGAACUUACAUGGCAUCACAGAACACACACUAAUGAGAAACCAUAUGAAUGUCACCAGUGUGGGAAUGCCUUUAGUCAAUAUGCUAAUCUUAGACGACAUGAGAGAAUCCACACUAGAGAGCAGCCAUAUACAUGUCAGCAAUGUGGGAAAUUCUUCAGUCAUCUUUCUUCCCUUAGAUGA